AUGUCGCGCGACCAACCUUCUUCCUCCCCUCCUAACCCGAUCUCUCCUUCCCAAACCCCUAAACCCGCCGACGACUCCCACGGCGAGACCGACGGCGCCGUCGCCAGUAAACCCCAGCCUACCGACCCCGCUACUCCCACUACCUACCGCACUAAUCGCCCUUCUCGCGCUUGCACGCUCCGCGCUGCUGCUAAGCUGCAGCAGCAGCAGCAGGCUAAGCAGAAGCCCAAGAAGGACCACCGCCAGCAGCAGCGGCGGCGGCGGCAGGAGGAGGAAGAGGGGGAUGAGGACCAGGAGGAAGACGAUGAAGACGGCGGAAGUGGGGAUGAGGCGUCGCUUCAUAGUAAAGACCAAUGUAGUACUGGUGCCAGUAAGAUUGUGACUUCCUUGGUGGCUCCUCCGGAGCCCGCUCAAUUGCCCCGGUGGAACCUCCGCUCCAUGUGGGAAUUGGCUUCAGUACUCAAUUUCUUGCAUGUCUUUAGACCCUUGUUGAACAUUCAAGUUGAAUUCUCGGCCGAGGAGUUUGAGACGGCUCUUCUCUCACCCAAUGACACAUUGGGGGAGAUUCAUAUGCCAUUGUUAAAGGCAAUACCUCCUAUUACUCGGACGGCUCUUACUCGGGAUACAUGGGUUACAGUUUUGUGCAGAAAACUAAGAGACUGGUGGCAUUGGGUUGCAGAUGGAGAUCUUCCAUUAGUUGCUUCACAUGGGGCGGAGGUUGAAGCAUAUAAAACACUGGAGCCUGCUGUUCGUGUGGUGAUCCUGAAGGCACUAUGUGAUAUUCGUGUUGAGCAAGAAGACAUACGGAACUAUAUUGACAGCUCUAUUAAGCAUGGUGCUCAACUGCUACUGUUCCGAAAAGAACGUGUUGGGGGUGAUUCUCAGGGGAUAAAUUACUGGUAUGAACCUGAUGAAAUAGUAGGCCACCGGUUAUACCGGGAAAUAAGAACAGCAGAAGUGCAGACAAAAGGGAAGACAAAAGGUUCCAAAGUCCUUCCUUCUACAGUAUACCAGUGGGAAACUGUUGCGACGAAUUUUGAUGAAUUUGUGGAUGUCUCUGAGAAGCUUUUUACCAGUAAAAAUAGAACAGAGGCUUCAUUAGGGAAGAAGCUAAAAAAUGACUUGCUCCAGGACAUUGAGAAGGUUCAUAAGAGGAAAGAGCGUUUGAUGAAGAAGCAACACAGACAAGCUCUACUCUUAGAUAACUAUAUGCAUGUGGAUGGGCUAGCAGCAGGUCGCUCCCUGCGUGAUAGAAAGCCUGUCACUUACACUUUCGAUGACUAUGACCGAUCAAUAAAUGAGGCCAUCAAAGUAACCAAGAACAAACCUUCAUCCCCUGAGCAUGGUCACAGAAGAGAAGGCAUGUUCAGACCUGAAGCUUCUGCAAAUGGUGGAUGGGGUGGUCCAUCAAAUUCAACAGCAGCUCAUCAUGGCAGCUCUUUCAGUGCCAUGUCUCCCCUUUCAUCUGAUUAUGAUUUCGUUGAUAGUGAUCAAAAUAAUAAUAAAGAAGAUGAAUUGGAUCGAGGCAACAGACGCCGACAGAGGCCACAGCGGUAUUCGGAAAGAGAUUAUGUGGAGGCUAUCUCAGACAAUGAACACGACUUUGAUAGUGAUGAUGAUAUUGUUGGGGAAGCUGUUUAUGAUGAUGAGUAUUUGAAGAAGAGAAAAAUGAGGAAGCUCUCAAGUAGCUCUGAAGGAGAUGAUGAAUACAAGUUGGAUGGAGAAAAUGGCGAGGAGGAAGAGGAAGAAGAGGAGGAGGAUUCCUUGAGUGUUAGUGAUGAGGAGAGCGAUGAUCCUCAUAACAAAUUCAAGAAGUUAGCAGCAGGGCGCACUAGGAGAGAGACCAAGUUGAGGUUGGUCGGGGAUCUUCAGUCAGGUUUAAGACGCAGCAAAAGGUCUACAAGAAACCGGAUUAAUUACAAGCAGUAUGAGCCAUCGGACUCAGAGCCAGAAGCUGCAAAACAACGAGAUAACCACUCUGGUGCCAGUGAGAAUGGAGAGUUCUCAGCUGGAAGUCAAGACUUUGAUGAUGGUAAUGAAGAGGAGGGGGUGGAGAAUGAUGAUGAUGAUGAUGAUGAACAAGAUAUGAAAGUAGAUGAUCAGCAGCCUGUUGAAGGGUACAUGGAAGGGUACUCUGAACCGGCAGUGAAAGAAGAAAGUAAGCCACCUGAGAAAUCAAGUAGCCCACCACCGCCAGGUGGUCAAGAUGAUGCGAUUGGAGUAAAGAAAACACAGUUCCUCGAUCUAAACGAAAUGGCUCCAGGUUCUGGGUUUGAUGAUGGUCCGAAUAUACUAAUGAAAGAUGAAGAAAAUAGAGAUGAUUUUUGA